AGGGCCAUGUAUGUAAACUAGAAAAACAAAAACAAGUCAAACAUGCUCAAGACAUAGAAACGGUAAAAAAGUUUCUGACGACAAAGAAAAAUGAAAUUAAGAUGGAAUCUAUUAAAAAAGCGAGAGAAAUAAUAUUUGAGGACACCUGCUACGGACGCCAACUUUUGAGUGCUCUGCUGGAAUCAAAGACUCUAGAAGAAAGAGAGCAGCAGGUAUUAUUUCAAAAGAAAAUAAAACAUGAAGCUGAUCUCGUAAAACAGAACGAAUCAGACGAUUCAUCACUACAAAUCGCGAACGAAACAGAAUCCAAUGAAAUUAAAAUAAAAGCACUUAAAAAACAGCACAAUUUGGACGUAGCGCGAAUAAAUCAGGCAAUAGCUAAAAAACAAAAAGAAAAUGAAAUAAAAGAAAAGGAAAAAGAAAAAACUGAAGCGGUGAAGUAUAAUUUAUUGGAAGAAGAACUAUUAAAUCAAGAAUUAAAAAUUAAGGUUAACAAGAUCUAUUCAGAAAAACAACAGAUAAAUGAAUUCGAAGCAUAUAAAAAACAAAUACAGAAACUGCGAAAGCAACGAGAAGAAAAUGACGAACGAAUCCAUAAAAAUAAGAGUGAUACAGUAGAAAAACAACAUAUCUAUAAAAUAAUUAAAGAUAUUAAUGAUGAAAAAAUUAAGCAAAACAAUGAAUUUGUGGAAAAUGGCGUAAAAGGUUCUAUAACUAAGUAA